AAAGUCGGGUAGGCUCAAAGUGACGUAGGCGUUGCGCCCCAAUGGCAUGCUCGCUUUCCUAUUGAUUAUUCGGAAAAAUGGUCGACGACUGAAACCAUAUGGAGUGAACGCAUUGGAAGUUUGCAAUAUGAAAUUCGCUUUCAUAUGCAUUGUCACAGUCAUAUCAUGUAGUGUUUGUGUCGAAGGCGCGAUCGACAUCUAUCCUGGCUUGAAAUAUGGACGGCAAAUUAGAAGAGCAAUUUUUGCUAAUCCCGAAGAUGAUUCGACCGACUACCCGGACCAUUAUUGGAGUUGGCCCGGGAAAAAAGUUAAUGUCUACGGUGACGGUGACGGUGACGACGUACGGAAGUUUCAAAAUAUUGACCUCGCUCUGAAAAAGUUUCUUCUCGGCGAUAAAAAGUAUCGCUCCCUUCAAAGAGUUCGAAAUCCUUACAACCCAUACAAAAAUUUAGAAUCGGUUGACGACGAUUAUGGACAAUAUCGACGCGUACCCGCCAAUCUGGAUGAGGUGCGCAUGUAUCCUCAAGACGACGAUUUCAACUUCAAGGAGGAGGACGACGACGAACUAUUUAACACCGACAGGCUGGGCGAGACCAACACCAGAAAAUACUUAAAGCAAAUGCUCGACAAAACUUUUCGGGAUGAUGAAAUGAAUCACGAGAUAACUCACGGGGUAGCAAUGGAGGAAGAUGACACAGAUGCAACUCCUGAGGCGAAUUUCACACCAGAAACGCUGAAGAACGUCCAGUUUGCGGAGGAUCCCACAGAGUUUGCUUACGCUCCUUCCGAUCCUCGGUUUUAUGAUCAUCCACAAAAGGCUCGCCAUUUCAAAGAUCCUUCCAUUCGUUCGAGAACAUUGUACGAAGGUAGCGAAGAAACCAUAGGCAAACUAAAAAUUAACAGUCCCGAAAACGAGGUGAAAGUUAAACAGAGAAGCGAAAAACAAGGCAGUUCUGAAAACUACCCAACUACCAAUCAACUGAAUUUGAUCGACCGGCAACCGGAUGUGGUGAUUAGACCCUCGGACGAAUCACCAAGAGUUUACAUCAUCGCUAUCGUCGCAGGGAUUAGUGCUGCCGCUACUGUAGGGUUGAUUGCUGUCGGAAUUGGAUGGUAUAACUUACAGAAACAUGUAAAAAACGCGUCGGACGUGGAAUAUCCGGCUUACGGUGUCACCGGUCCGAACAAAGAUACAUCCCCAUCCGGAGAUCGUAGGUUGGCUCAAUCCGCCCAGAUGUACCAUUACCAGCAUCAGAAACAGCAAAUUCUAGCAAUGGAAAAUAGAGUAACUGCAGUAGAUCGACACGGUUCAGUUUCGGAGGCGGACAGCGAGGAAGAAAACGAGGAGGGAGAUUACACCGUUUACGAAUGUCCCGGUUUGGCGCCGACUGGAGAGAUGGAGGUGAAGAACCCGAUGUUCCAAGACGAUCCGACACCAGCUCAAACUCCACCGGUCAAAGUCGCCAACGGUGACGAAAAGAAAUGAACGCGACCAAGUUUUCCAACCAUGAUUUUUCUUCAUCAAUCUCAGCUUUAACCAUUUGUGACGUACGUUUUCUUUUGUUAAUUCCAUCCAGCCAAUUAACAAAGGAACUGACAUAUAUAUUUUUGUAUGUGAAGCCGCAAAGUGAUCGGUCCAAAUGUCUAUUUAAUUAAGGGUAAAUUAAGGAAUUUAUCCAGGUCAAUUAUAAUAUUAACAGAAUGACACGUAAAUAAUCCAUUGCACGGUGAAAAAUACGUUUUUAGCAUCGCUUUGCUGCUUCAACAAUAACAUCUCAUAUCAUAUUUUAGAGUCAUCAUUUUUGUUUGUUUAAUUGAAAAAUAACUGAAAUUGGAAUUAAUAUAGCUAUAUGUACACAUAUAUUCAAAAUAAAUUGUAUACCGGCAAAUUGAAAUUGUGUUUCUUUUCAUUUUAGUUGGUCAAUUUAUUUUGAGGGUGUGUACAUAAUUCGGUUUCUCCUUCAAGACUGAAGUUAUAGUAGUGGAACGCAAGGCAAAUUAUAAUAGAACGGCUUUUACAAGUCUAGGAUGAUUUUAACCAUAAACAAACACAAUAUUUAUACAUAUAUAACAUUUUUAUUUUAAUAGAUAUGAUUUUUUAUCGUUUUGCUUAUAUUGUCUAGAUAAUGUAUGACAAACACCCCAGAAUUAAGUGAUCUUUGCAUUACGAACAAAGUAUUGUAAGCUUCUAAAUAAUAUAUCUAAUGUAUAAACUUCAUAUAUGAAUAUUAGAAAGUGACAAAGUUUAAAAACUUACUUUGUGUAAUGAUUGUUUUAAAAACUGUCUAUCCAUUACUGUAAGCAGUGUUACUAAAAUUAAAGUUAAAAUUAAAUUGUUUCAAAUGCUAACAAUCUUAAAUAUAUACUAUACAUAUAUAGUUAAUAUAUUUUAAUAUUGUAUAUUAUUGUAUAAAUGUUAGAGUUUAUUUCAAUUCUAUCAGAGAAUUAUAUUGACUUGUUGUUUAUUUAUAAUAAUUUAUUGAAUUCAAUUCCGAACAUGACUUAUACUAUAUUAUAAUAUAAUAUCAAACCAUAGAAAUUAGAAUUGUAUAACGGUAGGUUUUAAACAUAGAAGCAAAAUUUAGAAAUGUAGUUUGAACAAGCACUUGUGUUUUAUUUUUAAACUACCGAGUACAAAGUUUAGUUUAAACUCUGCACAUUAAUCCGUCAAAUUAAUAAAUUAAUUUUAUUUCUA